AGUCUUAGACUCAAAAGUUCUCCAGUCGUGGUUUGGUUUCCCGUGCAAAAACGUCAAUGAUCAUAAGCUUUUGAAAGCAAAUUUCUCAUAUUUUCAAUCCUUGAGUAGGGAUAACAGAUGUCCCUGACUAUCGAGCUUUUGUUUAUAUUUUAAAAAAAGUAGGUUAUUAAUCAUUGACCAUUCUUGGUCUGCUCCACUCAGGCCCUCUACAAUAUGACGAUGGGGACUUCAAUUCGCCUUCAUAAAAAACCUAUAAUAUUUCUCAUCUUAUUAUCACUGUGUUUUACGAUAUGGAUGUCAUAUGGAAGAACGAAGAAGACAUCUUUAAGCCGGUAUGGCAAAAGCGAAGGAUUGAAAGCCGAGGGACCAGGUUUUACAUUAGAUGGCAAACCGUUCACUAUCUUGAGUGGAGCAACGCACUAUUUUCGCAUCGUUCCUGAAUAUUGGGAAGACAGACUUUUGAAGCUCAAAGCUAUGGGACUUAAUACUGUUGAAACUUAUGUAGCCUGGAAUUUACAUGAAGAAGUAAAAGGAAAGUUUGUUUUUGAUGGACAACUUGAUAUUGUCAAAUUUGUAGAAAAGGCACAAGAGCUUGGUCUCUAUGUUAUCAUGCGACCUGGUCCAUAUAUCUGUGCUGAAUGGGAUCUAGGAGGACUGCCUAGCUGGUUACUCAGAGACCCCAAAAUGAAUCUAAGGACUUCAUACAGACCUUACACUGAUGCAACAGGCAGAUUCUUUGAUGAAUUGAUUCCAAAACUAACACCUUUACAGUAUUCGAAGGGUGGUCCUAUAAUAGCAUGGCAAGUGGAAAAUGAAUACCUUAGCUUUGGAAAUGAUUCUUUUUACAUGCGCCACCUCAAACGUGAAAUGACCAGGAGAGGUGUUUCUGAGCUAUUGAUCACUUCAGAUGGCUUAUAUCAGAUGAAAAAAGAGAAAAAGUUUCAUUUAUCUGGAGUUCUGAGAACUGCUAAUUUCCAACGGAAUGAGACACAUGUUCUCAAAGGCUUGAAAGAGUUACAGCCCAACAAGCCUCUAAUGGUUACAGAGUUUUGGUCUGGUUGGUUUGACCACUGGGGUGAAGAUCACCAUAUUUUGUCCCUAGACAAAACUGUCCAGCGAGUAACAAAUAUUCUUGCUAUGGGAUCAUCUAUUAACUUUUAUAUGUUUCAUGGUGGUACAAACUUUGGUUUUAUGAAUGGAGCCAAUGCUGACAAGCAUGGUCGUUACAAGCCAACAGUAACUUCAUAUGACUAUGAUGCCCCAGUAUCAGAAGCAGGCGACAUCACUGAUAAAUACAAGGCACUCAGAAAGGUUAUCCUGAAUAACGUGCCCUUCAAUUCUCUUCCAAAACAUAUGCCAAAAAGUAUACCUCCAAAUACAGAGAAAACAAUUUAUGAACCAGUGGAAAUGCAGGAGUUUAUGCCACUCAAAACCUUACUCAAAUAUGUGACAUCCGUUGAAAGUGAAUACCCAGUCCCCAUGGAAAGUCUACCCAUCAACAACAACGGUGGUCAAGGCUAUGGUUACAUCCUGUACCAAACAACCAUACCACCCAGUGCAAAGCAACUAAAAAUUGAGAGCUAUAGAGACAGGGCGAAGGUCUUCGUUGAUUCCAAAGAACAAAAUAUUCCAGAAGUGAUGGAUUACAAGGGGAAGUAUCUGAACGUAAAUAAGACCAAAAAUGUCAAAGCUACGCUAAGUUCUGACCAGGAACCAGGGGAGGAGAAGACACUGGAAAUAUUGGUGGAGAACAUGGGUCGAGUCAAUUUUUUGAAGAACAUCAACACACAAAGAAAAGGAAUUCUAGGUGAAGUUACCAUUGACGGCAAGAAACACAAACGUUGGACCAUCUACCCGCUUGACUUUAAGCCUAAAGUCAUGGACAAAUUAACCAACAAAAUAGAAUGGUCCUCAGUUUCUAAACGUACUGGACCAGGCUUAUACAAAGGAAAAUUCGAAAUAUCUGGUGAACCUAAGGACACAUACCUUCUAAUGAGUGCGUGGAAAAAAGGAUCGUGCUUUAUAAAUGGUCGUAAUUUAGGACGCUACUGGAAUAUUGGACCACAGAAGACACUUUACCUUCCAAAACCAUGGCUACGCUCUGGAGAGAACACGAUUGUUCUAUUCGAGUUGGAGGGAUCAAUCAAAGAAGAGGAGUUUGAAGUGACGUUCGUCAUGGAACCUCAGCUUGGAGAUAAAAUACAAGAAAGACACUGAAGCAAACUUAUCACCACAGAAGACACUGAAGCAACUUAUCCCCAAAGAAGACACUGAAGCAACUUAUCAUAACAGAAGACACUGAAGCAACUUAUCCCCACAGAAGACACUGAAGCAACUUAUCCCCACAGAAGACACUGAAGCAACUUAUCACAACAGAAGACACUGAGGAGCUUAUCACCACAAGACACUGAAGCAAACAUAAUUUUUCAGGUUCUAAAAUGGAAUCUUGUUGGUAUAUUUUAGCAGUAUAGUCCCUGAGCCAAGAAUGGGCUAUUGAUUCAUAGGCUAUAGAGAGGAUUAGUUGUUUUAGUCAAAUCCACAAUUAUUCCAUCAAAUAUAUAGAUGAAAAAUAGUUUUCAGGUAAAGUUUAAAAAUUUAAUUAGUUUUGGUUUUUAAAGCCAACACUUUUCGCUACUAGUAGGAAAUAACUUUUAGCCUAGUAGUAGCUCAUCCAAUCAGAAAGCAGCAUUGUUGAUAGACCGAUAGUUGGAUUUGACUAAAGUUUAAUAGAUUUCAUAUGGCUGUGAAAAACAUGGCCAUGUGAAAUCUUUCAAUUUAACAAAAAGUUACGACUAUAGUUUUUAAAACGCAAGGCGUACAAAAUACACAUUUAUUUUAAUAGUGAUAUAAUGAGAGUUUUAAUUUGUUAUAAAUUCGUUAUAAUUUUAAAUACAGUACAUGCAAAGUUCAUGAGCAUGCACUCAGAUAUUUGGAAUAUUUUUUGAUUGAAAUUGCAUAUUUGAUAGAGGUAGAAUUUUAGGUCAACAGGCAAGGAAAAUAUCUAAAGGUGCAAUUCCUUUUCUCCCUAUUCUUACGAGGUCUUUUUGUCGCUGAUAUACACUUCACUAGCAUGUUAACAAUUAAAUAUACAUUAAAAAACUAAAAAUUUCUAAAUACAGUUUUUACAGUACAAUUUCUGUACGGACGCAGUACUGGUAAUAAGUUUAACUGGAUGUGACGUCAUUGUCACCAUAUUUGUUUGUUUUGUUCUUCCUUUCUUUUUUGCUUUUCCUACUCCUUUUCUUCAUUUUUACAUAUUUUUUUGCUUGGAUGAGUGACAGGAAAGGAGAAAAGGACAAAAGAGAGCAAUAUUUGUUUCAUUUACAUCUCAAUUUCUAAUCAACAUUUGAUGGCAAUCUAAUACAUCUUGUAUCGGUUAGUCUCCCCCACAGCCGCUUUCAGUGUCGUCACGCAACGCUUUCUCCCCUGAGUAGCUACAGGCUGUGGGGGAGACUAGUAUCGGUGGAAACUAUUCCCAAAUAAAGUGAGUUAUUCAUAUAUAAUAAUAUUCUCAUGUUGAUAAAAGUGAUUCAAUAUUCCCAAACCCAAAUUUGAAAUAAAAAAAUAUUACAAAAACU